AUGGAACAGGCGGCUGCAGUCAUAAAAGCGAACGAUGCACAGGUUGUGUUCCUCGUGCCACAGACCGAAGCUGCUGCUGUAGAGAAAUGGAAGCUCUUCAAUGAGCAGUACUUGGGUCAGCCUACGUCCUUCCUGCAAUUCAUUUCAAGCGACUCUAGCAAUAUCGUGGAAGUUAUUCUGCAAGCGGUAUCAGAGGUGUCGAACUAUAUUUGCUUCGGCACUACUACGCCUGCUCCUGUUACCACUGCUGGUUCUACUGAGACGACCCCGGCUCCUACUACCACGACCCCGGCUCCUACUACCACGACCCCGGCUCCUACUACCACGACCCCGGCUCCUACUACCACGACCCCGGCGCCUACUACCACGACCCCGGCGCCUACUACAACGACCCCGGCUCCUACUACAACGACCCCGGCUCCUGCUACAACGACCCCGGCUCCUGCUACCACGACCCCGGCUCCUACUACAACUCCUCCGUCAGAAUGCGAGUGUGACGGGCAGAAUGAAUGUGCCUGUGUGCCGGCCCUUGUUGUGAAGGUAAACAACAGGCCGAAGAAGCUCAGCAUCGAUUAUGAAAAAUAG